AUGGUAUCAACGUGCAAGCGGCUUCAUCAGGCUGUCAACAAGUCUACAAGAGUUUUCGCUAUUCUUCAUGGUUCACUAUUGGCAAGCUUCACAGUUUCUUCCUUGAUUCUUGAUUGGGUUCUGCAUCAUAGCAUUGAUAUCUAUCUACCAAGCCAAUUCUCCCGACGUACCAGCUCCUCCAGACAACGUAUGCAGUUGUCCGGUUUAGCUGUGGCGUGGAACGGUGUCUUGAUCUUAGCGAGUGCUAUCUCAUUGCUGGAGAUGCUCUUCGCUGCCAUCAAAAUCGCUGCGUCGCUGCACCCACUUCUCGCCAUGAGUUCUGUUCGCCUCGCGGCGGCUUCACUGCUGGUCUACCAGGUCAUUUCUUGCCACGUCGGGACAGCUUGCGGCAAUGGAAUUCACAAUGUUCUUUUGUAG